AUGAAAGAUGCUAUACGUUUGUUAACUCAAAUACUUGCCACCCAGGCUGGACAACAGGAUAGGAGUCACGAGUAUCCAGAUAGGGCUGCUAGCGCCAGGGCACGAGAUUUUCUUACAUUAAGUCCCCCAGAAUUUAAGGGCACGGACCCUAAUGCUGAUCCUCAGGAGUUCAUAGAUGGUAUGCAGCGUACUUUAAAUGUGAUGCAGGCAUCAGCCACGGAAUCUGUUGAGUUAGCCUCUUAUAGGCUGCAGGGCAUAGCAAUUAAUUGGUAUCAGUCUUGGAGAUUAUCGAGGGGUAGUGAUGCCCUUCCGCCGACUUGGCGGGAAUUCUCAGAUGCCUUUUUACGCCACUAUAUGCCACCCGAAUUGAAGCGGGCAAGGGUUGAUAAGUUUCUUAACUUGCGACAGGGUAACAUGUCUGUUAGAGAAUAUAGUGUGGAGUUUGAUUCCUUAGCCAGAUAUGCCCCUACUAUUGUGCAGGAAAUGGAAGAUAGAGUUCACCGAUAUGGAGCAGAGGAUCGUAAGCGCCAACGAGAGGCUACUUCAGAGCAGGGUGGUAGUCAGCCCAAGAGGGCCAAGACAGAAGGUCGGAGUAAGGGUUCCACUAGCGAGAGCAGGCCCCAGUAUAGCGCACCUUCACAGUUUCGUGGACCUCAGCGGGGUAGAGAGACAAUUCCUCGGCCAGGACAGAGCUCUUCCUAUACAUCGGGCCCUCAGCAGCAGGCAUGGUCGGGGCAAGAGGUGAUGGCCCCUCCUCGAUGCGCGACUUGCGGAAGGCGUCAUGUAGGACAAUGCCGACGGGGUGUGUGUUAUACUUGUGGUGAUCCGACCCAUUAUGCUAGAGAUUGUCCACAAGGAGUGGGCCAUACUGUUCCCGGAAACUCGGUAGCAGCGUCGUCACCUUCGGUAAGAGCCCCCGAGACAGGACCUCAGACUUCUUCCGGCCGAGGUAGGGGCGGAGGUAGAGCACCUAGCUCCAAUGCAGGCCCACAUCGUAUCUAUGCACUAGGUGGGAGACCAGGUCCCGAGGCACCGCAGGAUGCACCACCAGGUAAUCUAAAUUCUGUAGUUGCUUGUCUUAAUCAAUGA